AUGCGACCAUGUAACCCACGACUCUGCGUCCGCUUUCCGACAAGCCCAUUACUCCUCCAGCAACGACAAUCGAUAUCACCAUCCAAGUCCUUCCAGUCCUUCCUCCACACUGGAUCUGAGCAGCUGUGUCGCCCCUCAAGACUAUGUCGCCCUUGGCAAAGCUGUACCUCAUCGCCUGUUGGAGCUACAUGCUCAGCUUCCACGCAACUUUCACGCUGCUCACCAUGGGCCAUCGCGAGCGGACGGCGUGGCGGCAGCUCGAGCUCGAAGAGUUCGCGACGCUGGAAUGACAGGCAGCGAGGGGACCAGUUUGCCAGGGCGGCUAAGGUGCAGGGACUGAAGAGUCGAGCCGCGUUCAAGUUGUUGCAGAUCAAUGAUCGAUAUAGAUUAUUCAAGCCGGGCAUGACGGUCGUGGACCUUGGGUUUGCGCCGGGGAGUUGGAGCCAGGUAGCCAUCGACCUAACGAAGCCGCGCGGUCGAGUCCUGGGUGUCGACCUUCUCCCCGUGCAACCGCCGAGAGGCGUGUCGACGAUCCAGGGCGAUUUCCUAUCCCCACACGUGCAGGCCGAGAUCAAAUCGUUCCUCCGCGACCCGGACAGGGGCCGAUUACGCCGCUCACUCGUGGCUACCGAUACCGAUGCAACGGCUGCAGACGAGAGCGACGGACAUCUCGACCCGGGCCUGCUGCUCGACUCGGACGCAGGCUACAUUGAGCGGGAAAGACGGGAUACCGCGAACGAGGAGUCUGGUGAGAGUACUGCUCAACAUACGCCUGAAAAGGAAACGGAAAGAGAACCAGAAACAGACCACCUCGACAGGUCUGUCGACGUGGUGCUGAGCGAUAUGUCCGAACCCUGGGACCCGCUGGACGGGCUAUACAAAAGGAGCAUCAGUAACCCGUAUUACAGGUUGAUGAACACCAGCGGCAAUUCGUUCCGAGAUCAUGCUGGAAGUAUGGAUCUAUGCCGAGCAGCUCUGCGCUUCAGCUACGACACGCUCAAAGUGGGCGGACACUUUGUGUGCAAAUUCUACCAGGGCAUCGAGGAUAAGGCUCUCGAGAAGAGUCUGAAGGCCAUGUUCCACAAAGUGCAUCGCGAAAAGCCCGAGAGUUCGCGCAGCGAGUCCCGAGAGGCGUAUUUUGUGGGUAUCAAGCGGCUGGCCAAGGUCGAUAAAGAUGCCGUCUUUGCGGAAUGA